GUCCUCUCGUUCAAUUCAAGUCUUCAAGGACAGUAGAAGCUACAAGCCUACAAACAAAUGCUAACUUACCGGAGAACGUAAACGAGCUCCCUCUCUUAAUCAAACCAAUAAAAAUUUAUUUAAAAAAAUGGCAACCAAAUCAACUCCUCCAAGUCUCCCAAAAUCUGGAGCCGUCUCCAAAGGUUACAACUUCGCUUCUACUUGGGAACAGAAUGCUCCUCUAUCAGACCAACAGCAAUCGGCUAUACUCACUCUGUCUCAUGCUGUCGCUGAGCGUCCAUUUCCUCUCAAUUUGGUUCAAGAGAAUGUCCACGGCCAGGACAAUGGCUUAUCCGUGGCUACCAAAGACUACAAGUUUGGAGAUUCUGACACUAUCGAAGCUGUUUUGGUCAAUACGAAUCAGUUUUAUAAGUGGUUUACAGAUCUUGAAUUAGCUAUGAAAUCCGAGACAGAGGAGAAAUACCGGCAUUAUGUUAACACAUUGACGGAGCGUAUACAAACAUGUGAUGAUAUUCUUGGUCAAGUGGAUCAGACACUUGAUUUGUUUAAUGAACUACAGCUUCAGCACCAUGCAGUAGCAACAAAGACAAAAACUCUUCAUGAUGCAUGUGAUCGAUUGGUAAUAGAGAAACAAAGACUGAUUGAGUUUGCAGAAGCACUUCGGAGUAAGCUCAAGUAUUUUGACGAAUUGGAGAAUAUUGCUACCAAUUUUUAUUCUCCAAACAUGAAUGCUGGAAAUGGAAACUUUCUCCCGCUGCUCAAACGUCUUGAUGAGUGCAUAUCGUAUGUUGAGAGUAAUCCCCAAUAUGCAGAAUCAAGUGUUUAUUUGCUCAAAUUUCGACAACUCCAGUCUCGAGCCCUGGGCAUAAUCCGCUCUUAUGUACUUUCUGUUCUCAAAAGUGCUUCAUCUCAGGUCCAAGCAGCAAUCCGGAGCAGUGUUGGUAGCAAAACAUCUGUUUCUGAGGGUGUAGAGGCUUCUGUGAUCUACGUCCGUUUCAAGGCAGCAGCAAGUGAGCUUAAGCCAGUGUUGGAGGAAAUUGAAAGCAGAUCUUCGAGAAAAGAGUAUGCUCAGAUCCUCGCAGAAUGCCACAAAUUGUAUUGUGAACAGAGGCUUUCCUUGGUCAAAGGUAUAGUCCAGCAGCGGAUAUCUGAAUUUGCCAAGAAAGAGGCUUUGCCAUCAUUGACUAGAUCAGGAUGUGCAUAUCUAAUGCAGGUCUGUCAGCUGGAGCAUCAACUAUUUGAUCACUUUUUCCCAUCUUCUUCAGAGGAUAGUUCAAAUUUGGCUCCAUUGGUUGAUCCUUUGUCUACUUACUUGUAUGACACACUGCGCCCAAAGCUCAUUCAUGAAACAAAUGUAGACCUUCUUUGUGAACUUGUUGACAUCCUUAAAGUUGAAGUCCUGGGAGAACAGCUCAGUAGACGAAGUGAGUCAUUGGCUGGUCUGCGUCCUACAUUAGAAAGAAUCUUAGCAGAUGUUCAUGAGCGAUUGACUUUCCGUGCUCGAACACAUAUUCGUGAUGAGAUAGCUAAUUUUACUCCUGCAGAUGAAGACUUAAAUUACCCUGCAAAGCUGGAGCAAUCUGCUGAGAUAAAAUCGGAAACUAAUUCUGCUGAUGGAAAUCCGGAUGUGUUCAAAACUUGGUACCCACCACUAGAGAAAACUAUAUCCUGCCUUUCAAAGUUGUAUCAAUCUUUAGAACCAGAAGUCUUCACUGGUCUGGCGCAGGAAGCAGUGGAAGUUUGCUCUGAUUCAAUACAGAAAGCUAGCAAGCUUGUUGCAAAGAGAUCAACACCUAUGGAUGGGCAGCUUUUCCUUAUCAAGCAUCUUCUAAUCUUAAGGGAACAGAUUGCUCCAUUUGAUAUAGAAUUUUCUGUCACGCACAAGGAACUUGAUUUCUCGCAUUUGCUGGAGCACCUGAGAAGGAUACUUAGAGGUCAAGCCUCGCUGUUUGACUGGUCUAGAUCAACUUCAUUGGCAAGGACCUUAUCUCCUCGUGUUUUGGAAAGUCAAAUAGAUGCCAAGAAGGAAUUGGAGAAAAGCCUAAAAGCUACUUGUGAGGAGUUCAUUAUGGUAGUUACUAAGCUAGUAGUGGAUCCCAUGCUUUCAUUUGUCACCAAGGUGACGGCUGUAAAAGUUGCUUCCUCUGGUGGUCAGAAUAAAAAAGUAGACUUGCUUAUGGCAAAACCACUUAAGGAUCAAGCUUUUGCUACUCCAGAUAAGGUGGCUGAACUUGUUCAGAAGGUAAAUGCUGCAAUUCAGCAAGAGUUGCCACCAGUGAUGGCAAAGAUGAAACUUUAUCUGCAGAAUCCAUCAACACGAACAAUACUUUUCAAACCAGUGAAGACAAACAUUGUGGAAGCCCAUAUUCAAGUGCAGAAAUUGCUGAAAGAAGAGUACUCCCCUGAAGAACAAAGUCUCAUUGAUAUGGUGUCUAUACCAGAUCUUCAAGCACAACUGGACAGUCUUCUUUAGGGAGUUUGUCAAACUUAUCAUUCUUUUCAUUUUUGGGUGGACUUUUGACUUUAUAUAAUUUUUUAAUCAAAUUCAGCAUACAUAGUUAGAUUUACUUUUAUCGCUAAAAAUUAAAGUUGGUAGGAAAAUUAAAAUUUAAUGUUAUGGGAGAAUUAUCCGUAGUUGAAUACUUGAAACUGAGAUAAGUAUAUUAAGCAAAUUUGUAGUUCUUGUUUGACUGUGAGGAAGCCAUAUAUGUUCAUUACUUUGUAGUUCCCAUUUGUUACAAUACAACGGCAAAAUUUAAUGUAAUGUUUUAACUCAGCACAUUAUAUACAUGUAUUGUUACUUUUGUAAAUUGUGUCUCCGAC